AUGUUGUCAACGGAAAAAUAUGAAUUUGAUCCUAGUUAUCGUGGACAAACAGGAUCUAGUAUAGGUGUAUCUACUGUUGGUUUUCGUUCAAAUAAAUACAAUCCUAAUGAAUGGCACGAAAAUAAUUAUGCUAAAUAUUAUCAAUCAUUUACUGAUCGUGAUUUAUCAGAAAAACAACGUUGGCAAGCAACACGAACCGAAAAUGAAACACUUUCACUUUCACAACAAACACAAGCUUUAUCAACAAAAAAAUUACAACAACGAUUACAUGAUAUUAAUUUUUGGAAAUUUGAACUUAAUCGUAUGAUUGAAGAUGUACGUAAUGAAACUGAUUUGUUAAUAGCACAAAAGAAACGUUUAACGAAUUCAUUGGAUGCAACUGAAGCUCCACUUCAUAUUGCAACUGAAUGUUUGGCUAAUCGUGAUCGUCGUUAUGGAGAAGAUCGUGUUUGUGAUGCAGUUGAAGUUGGUUUAUUAAAAGAAGUUGAAAUUAUUAAUAAUGUACAAAAUCUUUUACGUCAAACAAUUAUGACUGCUGAACAACAAAUUAGAGCAAAUCGUAAUGCUAAACAAAAUCUUGAAAUGGAUUGGAGUAAUAAAUGGGAAGCAGCUGUUGCCGAUGCUAAAGCAACAAAUCGUCGUAAUGAAGAUGUCGAUAUAAUGUUUUAUCCAGGUGUUGCUCGACAUUAUGACAAUCAAUCAACACCUGAAUCUUGGGCACAAAAUUCUCAUGAUAAUAUUGUUAAUGGUCAAAAUCAACUUAUGGCAUCAAUACAAUUACGUGCAUUGAUUGAUAGUAUACUUAGUGACAUUUCACGUGAUAUGCGAGAACAAGCUGAUGUUGUGGAAACAGAAUUUGCACGACGUAUUUCUGAAAUGUCUGAUGCAAUGCAAAAAAUGAUUCAGAAUAGUCGUGAAACAUUAAAAGCUAUUGCUGAUAAUGAGAAGAAAAUUGAUAUGCUUCGUGCUUCAAUACGUGCUAAAGAAGCACCACUUAAGGUAGCUCAAACUCGUUUGAAUGAUCGUCGUGCUCGACCUGGUAUUGAAUCAUGUCAUGAUCCAGUUCAAGAUCAUUUGAUCGGUGAAGUUUAUCAACUAUCACAAUCAGUUGAUAAUCUUACUGGAGAAUUGCGUGAAGCUGAAUCAAAUUGGAAAAAACUCCGUGAUGAUCAUCAAAUGCUUGUGAAAGAAAUUGAAAUGAAAAAAAAUAGUCUUUAUAUUGAUCAACAGAAGAGUAUGGCAAUUCGAAUGCGUUAUCCAAGUGUUCAACGACUACUUGGUUAUAAUGCGUAA